AUGCAUUCUUCCUUACCCUUGCGAGCUGGCAUCCUCAAGCGCUCCUCCUACUAUAACUCCGACUACCGCAGCGGGGCUGCCCUGCUUCGAGCCCGCCGGCCGUACCUAGUCAAGAAUACCAUCACGGGCCUCGCCAUUUUUGGCUUCGCAAUUGGAGUUUUUGCGUUUACUCUCAAAGCUGUGGGCCAAGAGACCUUUGAUGACGUGAUUGUUCCAUCGGAACCGCAAGUCGCUGCGCCAAACUCCUCUUCCGCAGAAACUGCGCGGUUGCAGUCGAUACAGACUCAGUCGCCGAAGACACCCACUGCCGCAGCGAACGGGAUGCGCUCAUAA